ACGAAUGUCAUGUGAUAAAUUUUGAUGUAUGAAAAUUUUCUGGAAAGUACCAGUUCAGCAAAAACUUGUGAACGAUUACCGGUAUUGAAAUCCAAAGAAUGUUGAUGAUCUUUCAGAUAGAAGGUGUGAUGUUGGAUUGAUUGAGCUUCUGUCACCAUUUAAAUAUCAAGUUUCUCUGUAAGAAAACGAAAUAUUGAAGAUGUUGCCAAGUUCAGCAGAGGAUAAAGUUCGAACAACUGGAGGACAAGUUGAUUCAAUUGUCUUAGCUCUGAUUGAUGCUGCUUUUGACAAACAAGCACAUGUAAGCCAAGCAAUGUGUACUUCACUCUAUACUAUUGGAAAUCAUCAGCCAGAUCUGGUGUUAAGUAGCUGUCUCUCUUACCUGCAACAACACACCAAGCUUCCCUUGAACCAUCGAGUUAUCACAUUAAAUGUUAUGGAACGUGUUUGUCGAGAUUCUUUACAUAGAGUAAAUGAGGAUUUGGCAUCAGACAUUAUCAGACAAGCAGUGAAGGAAAUGGUCAAUACUAAGGAAGUAGUCCCUGAAUGGCAGGCAGCUGCUAGUGGAAUUCUUGUUUCACUUGGCUGCAGGUUUCACAACAAAGUUAUGGAUAUGCUGUUAGUUGAAUUCCAACCUGCUAUACUCCCUCAUUUUUUUGUAGUACAGACCAUGGCAAAUCUAGCCACAUCAAAUGCUUUUGGUAUAGUGCCUUUCCUGAAAGCAAUACUUGGAAUUAUGUUACCAAUGCUAGGGAUGAUUAAACAUGAGAACAUGAAGUGGGUCUUCUCUUAUGCACUAGCAAGGUUUUCUGAAGCUAUUCUGGAAUAUCUGGCGAACUUGGAAAAAGCUCCAGACAAAAGUGUAAGGAAAGAAGUUUUUGCCAGUGAAAUUGGUAAUGCGUAUGAUGUCUUGUUCAGUGUUUGGCUACAUGCCAGAGAAUUAAAGGUAAGAUCAGAAGUUGUUUCAGCAUUGGGACACAUGACCCCUCUUCUAGACCCAGAGAAGCUGGAAGAACAACUACCAAAAAUUCUGCCAGGAAUGUUGGGUUUAUAUAGACGCCACCAAGAAUCGCUAUCAGUAACUCAGGGUUUGUGCAUGGUUUUGGACACAGCUGUAAAGAAUGGGUCAGUUCUUCUAGAACAGCAACUUGACAAUGUUUUGAAUGUGCUUUUUCCUCAGGUUUGUAGUCUCCCAGAUUACAGCCAGCCUUCUGGAGUGAAAAACCACAAUGAAGUUCUUCGAUGUUUCGCUGUUCUCAUGCCUGCUUACAGCGAACGUAUUGUCAGCUUUUUGUUACAGCGAGUCGACAACAAUAAUGAACGUGUUAGGAUUGGUGCUUUGAGUAUUCUAAAACACUUGAUUAACUCCUGUGAUAUUCUUCUUAGUGAAUACAUGGCAGGGGUUAUUGGAAGCUUGAAGCUGAUUUUAAAUGAUCCAAGUAAUAAGGUUAAAAAGUUGUUGACACAAGUGGUGGUUGCCAUGGCACACCAUGGUUUCCUUGAACUACCCGGUGGACAGAGUAUGAUCGAGUUCAUUGUGAGGCAGUGUUCAUUUGUAGAGGAAUCUAAGGAUAAACGACCCCCAGAUCCUGAAUAUGUCAGUAGAGAAGCUUUAAGGACCAUGUGUGACAAUGUGAUGAACUUAUUAACCACCACAGUGGAUCAGAUGGAAAAGGUGAUGUGGCCUUCUCUAAUGGAGUAUUUAAUGCCAGAAGAGAUGACUGGAGCUGUUGGCACUGUGUGUAGAAGUCUUGCACAACUUGCAGCUAAGAAGCGUGAAGAACAAGGAACUGAUUUGGAAAUAAAGUUUGACAAAGACAGCAACCUCCCAAGACCCCCUGUGUUGUUAGCAAGGCUGACUGUAUUGCUUGGACGACCUUUUGUUGAUCGAAGUCGGGGAUGUCAGAUUCUUAGUUUUCUAAAGCAAAUUGCACCUGUUAUGGAAAAAAGUCUAAUGGCUUUGUGGGACUCAAAAAUACCCUCUCUGAUUAAACAUUUGGAAGUUUCAGAAGAAAGUGAAUGUUUCAAUCAAGAAGAAUGGGAGGAUAAAAUUGUGGACUUCGUUACGGAGACAGUUCAGGAGGUAGACAGAGAAGAAUGGACAGUGUCCUUUGGUAAAGCUUUGGCAUCUCAGUUGUCUCUAUAUGACAAGAGCCCUGAUGACAAAUAUGUGCUUUUGAAGGUGUUGGGAGUUGUACUUAAAAAAGUUGGAAAUAAACAGUUCACAAGCCAGACAUUGGACAUUUUGUUUGAAAACAUCCAGAACACAAAUCCUUUGGAACGAGAAGGUUGUGCUUUAGCUGUAGGAUAUUGUGCUGCAACCCACCUUGAUGCAGUUCUUGUGAAACUUGAACAGGUGGCCAAAGAUGAUCAGAAGAAGAAUGCUGGUAUUCUGGGAUUUAUAAAGGAUUUUAAAGGAGACAGUGUUCAUGACAAGUUAAAAGCUACCAUAAUUUUGUGUUAUGGACACAUCGCUAUGAAUGCUCCUGCUGCAAUAUUAAUGACUCGUAUUGAAACACCAAUAUUGAGGAGUGUUGCUCAUUUUUCUCAUUCUUCUAAGGAUCUAGGUGUUAAACAGAGCAUGCUGCAGACUGUGAGGCUCAUUGCUGAAGCUUUACACCCUUCUCACUUAAACCAAAACUACAUAUUUCACUCUCGCAAAGAUCUCCUUAAUCAAAUGCAAAGUAUCUUGAAGACUGAAAGUUCCUAUCCAAUGACUUCUUCAGUUAGAUCUUUGGCUCUUCUAGCAGCGGGUAGUCUUGUUAUGUUAGAUCCAGGCCUCACAAAGGAAGAAAAAUCCACUUUAAUUUUAACAGCUGUGGGUUCGGUUUACACUAUCCCUCCAGAUCAUGCACUGACUCGAUCUCCUGCUGAGCCUCAAGAGGAGCAGUUUGAUUAUGAGAAAACACUAAGUAUCACACUGACGUCACUAAAUAGCCUGCUGAGACAGAUUUUAUUAAAGGAGAUGACACCAGAGAACUUAGAGCUUAUUAUAAUGACUUUGCUUCGAUGGCUCAACUCAAAACACGAUUAUGAAAGAGAAUGCUGCAUUGAUUCUAUUUUGGGAUUAUUGAAAGCAUAUCUUGAAAACUUGAAAAUAGGGAAUUUUACACUAUUUACUACACUUGGUAGUAUCCUUGGUAUUCUUGUUCCACGUUGCACAGAUCCAGUUCUGAAAAUUCGGAAAACUGCUUUAGAAUGUGUAUAUACACAAUUACUCCUUGUCAGUCGUUCCCAGAGCCGAACUCUGGAUGAGAAUGAAGCAUUGAUUCAAUUGGAGAACUUAAAGAGCCAUGUUUUAAAUAAUGAUCCAUCAUCUCUGUUUAAUGUAACCAAUGAACUUGCAAAGGUAUUUGCAGCCAAGCUUCCCCCUGACCAAUUAUCACUCUGCCUUUACUCCCUGUUAAAUGGUCUCUGUGAUCCAUUAUCUCAGAGUUCAUCUGGUGCUUGUGUAGUAUUAAAUGGGAUAAUCAAACUUCGUGGAGGAGAGUUACGUCAAGAGGUUCCAGAAUUGUUGGAAGCUCUUAGAAGAAAAUUAGAAUGUAUUGGCUGUCUUCAGACUAGGACAGGCACUCUUCGUGUGGUGCGUUCUCUUGGUUCUCAUCACCUUACAGCUGUGGUGUCUACUUUAAUGACUGCACAUCUUCCAUUUGAUGACCAUGUGAUUGACAGUUGGAAAGUUCUAGGACAAGAUUCAGUCAUAGGGAGAAAUAUUCUAGAAAUUCUUCUGGAUAUCUUAAGUGAUAAUAAUCUUUUGGAAACCCAUCCUGAUCCCAAACACCGCAAACAAGUCAUCCAGGUGGCCACGUCACGAUCAUUAGCAGCAGUUUGUGCUCUGCGAGAAUUGUUUCGUGUAGCUGAAAUGGAGCAUUGUGCCAUGGAAGAGUUUUCCAGUCUGUUUUGUAACCUGAUUUUAGCCAUGGGAACAUACAUUGGUGUUUACUUUCCACUUGAGACAUCACCUGAAGGAAAGAAGGAAUCACAUGCAAGCUUUAGAAGAGGAUCUGAUGGACAUCUUCAAAAGUUGAGCCCCCUGAGAUGUGCUGUGGAAGCCUUUAAGACAUUCCUCCUCUGUGUCAAGCAAGACCAUGUGCUGUUGGAUAUGACAGAAGGAGGGUACUGGGCUGCAAUGGAAGAUGAAGUCAAGUAUUCUGAUGCCAUUGCUGCUUUAGCUCGAACACUCUGUGUACAUGCUCCAUCACAAAUACCAAAUAUUGUGGCAAAUCUUAACCAGUAUCUGAACAGCAACCAUGAGAGUCAGCGUGUGACAACCAUAGCUCUGUUUGCUGAGUUCCUCAUGCAGAAUUACCCCGGAGAUGACCCACUUACUGAACCUCUUAUCAACAGCUGUCUUGGCAGUCUUGUGGAUUCUUCCCAUCUGGUGAGAAAACUUUGUAUCCGUGGUCUGGGACGCAUGAAGAACAGGGACAAAGACCAGACUCACAGAUAUUCCACAACUAUCUUGUCUGCUAUGAUGGCAGGAAUGGAUGACAAGGAUGACCCAGACAGUGACAUUACUCUGGAGGCUCUUCUGGGUCUGUCCAACAUGCUGAGUCAAGUAGGUGAGGAGGAAGUACGUGGGAUUCUAGUCAACAUUGCCUUGAGGAUACGUCCCAUGUUUGAUAAGCCACAGUCUCCAGUUCGAGCUGCAGCUUUUAAGUUGUUUGGAAAACUAGCACAGUUUGGUAGUGGACCUUCCAGAGAACCUUUCCUUGAGCAAAUCCAUAACAAUUUUGUAACUUUAUUACUACACUUGAAUGAUGAUUGUACCGAAGUCAUUAAGGCAUGUAAAAAUACUCUUAAAGAAUUGGGACCAAUUCUUAUGUGUGAGGCCAUCAAUGAAAUGUUUCAAAACCACCUCCUGGAAGAUGCUAACCUCCACUAUGGAGAAUUUAUUAAUGACCUUUCUAAAACUGUGGUUGCCAAUUUCCCAAAUAAAGUGAGUUUUUAUGCAACAACCUCAGUUUCCUACUUGAAAAGUUCAAGACCUGUAAUCCAGUGUAAUGCAGCUUUAUUACUUGGGUUUUUAUUAGGCAACAUCCCUGUGGAAAAACAAGGCACUAUAUCUAAAGACAGGGUUUGUGGAGCUUUAAUCCUGUUAUUGAAGGAUCCAACCCCAGAGGUUCGGAUUAGAGCAUCUCAAGCCUUGAGUCUGCUUCAUUCAUACUGAUGUCAUAGAACCCUGAGCAGAAGUAGUAACAACUCUGUAAAAAAAAAUGUUCCACUUUGAAUGUGCCAGUAAAGAAAAGUGUCUUGAU